GCAAUGCAUUUACGUGUCCAUUUAUUUGUACACGCAAAUGACCAUCUACUAUAGGGUUCGAUUUGAUGAGCUAUAGAUAUAGAGAUGACGUCUGCUGAGCGAUUCAUAAUUGCUUCGUGUUGUUCGCGAUUGCUGUUUCGAAGUUAAUGCAUGUAUUUGCAGUUUGCAGAAAAUGCCUCUGAUCAGCUUCUGUUUCUCUGCUACUUCACUGGUAGGCUUUGCAGAUCUCUAGUAUCUAUGCUCAUAAAUGUGUGAUGGAUCAAUGGAUUUAUGUCUGAGAAUUAUGCUUACCGUUUACCAUACUUUGCUAGGGAACUUUAUUACAGUAUCUUCUGUUGUUUUUCGGCUUACUCGCGAUAUAAAUGUGAUUUAGUGAGAUCCGUUAGUGUUGUAGUUGCAGUAAUUGAAGAGUGAAGAAAGAAGGUCGUUCCGCAAGGAAAGGAAUUCAAAGUAGGAAGUGGAAAUGGAGAAGAGUGUUCUGGACUCGCGGCUAUGGCAUGCUUGCGCUGGAGGUAUGGUGCAAAUGCCUCCGGUGAACUCGAAGGUCUUCUACUUCCCGCAAGGCCACGCUGAACACGCGUUCGCUGAUGUCGAUUUCUCUGCGUUGCCUAAAAUGCCUCCCCUGAUUCUAUGCAGAGUCAAUGCGGUGAAGUAUUUGGCGGACCUUGAAUCAGAUGAGGUUUACGCGAAGAUCCAGCUGGUUCCUGUAGCGAACAACAACGAUCCUGACUUUGAAGAUGCGGUGAAAGGGACCGAUUCAUCUGAAAAGCCGACUUCAUUCGCUAAGACAUUGACUCAAUCCGAUGCCAACAAUGGCGGUGGAUUUUCUGUUCCCAGGUACUGUGCGGAGACGAUAUUUCCCCGUUUGGAUUAUGCCGCAGAUCCUCCCGUCCAGACAGUGAUCGCCAGGGAUGUUCACGGUGAGACCUGGAAGUUCAGGCACAUCUAUAGGGGGACACCAAGGAGGCAUUUGUUAACAACAGGCUGGAGUACGUUCGUGAACCACAAAAAGCUAGUUGCAGGCGAUUCAAUCGUGUUCCUGAGAGCAGACAAUGGUGAUCUUUGUGUUGGAAUUCGCAGGGCCAAAAGGGGUGGCGGAAACCUUUCAUCCGACACGUCAUCCUAUUGGAAUAUGGGUUCGGGAGGCUUUGUUGGAUUUUCGUCCCUUUUUAGGAAAGAUGAGGAUAGAAUGAAGAUUGGUGGUAGUACCAAUGGAAACCCAAAUUCUCCUACUGGGGGUUGUAAGCAAAGGGGAAGAGCGAGUCCCCAAUCUGUUAGUGAAGCUGCAUAUCUUGCUGCUACUGGGCAACCAUUUGAAGUUGUGUAUUAUCCAUGUGCAAACACACCAGAAUUUUGUGUUAGGGCAUCAUCUGUCAAUUCCUCCAUGGCUGUACGGUGGUCCAUAGGGUUGAGGUUCAAGAUGGCUUUUGAAACUGAAGAUACUUCUAGGAUAAGUUGGUUCAUGGGAACAAUAUCUUCUGUUCAAGUUUAUGACCCCAUCCUCUGGCCCAAUUCCCCAUGGAGGAUUCUUCAGGUAACAUGGGAUGAACCUGAUUUGCUUCAAAAUGUGAAGCAAGUUAGUCCGUGGCUAGUUGAAUUGAUCUCAAACUUGCCCAUGAUUCAUCUAUCACCUUUCUCACAACCAAGAAAAAAAUCUUGUUUACAACCUCUCACAAUCGAUGGCCAAUUCCCAAUCCCUUCAUUCUCAAGCAACCCCCUUGGGGUCCGCAGCUAUUCCCGUUGUCCAUCUGACAACAUUCCUGCAGGCAUGCAGGGAGCCAGGCAUGCUCAAUUUGGAGGACCAUUGUUUGGAGGACUCUUACCACCAACUGUCCAGCAAAUUGACUAUAACGAUACUGUUAAUACCCGAACGGAUGGCAAAAAUGAAAACAUCUCUUGCUCGUUAACCAUGGGGAAUAAUUAUACUGAAGACGUUCCCACACCCCGAUUCAUGCUCUUUGGUCAGCCAAUACUGACUGAGCAGCAGGUGUCUACAAGGAAGAAGAAUUCGGGAAGUGACAUGCAAUUUGACCGAAAGAGCCAGGAUACUACUGGUCGCUGCGAUGUUUUUAUAGGGUCCGUAUAUGUUGGGCGUAAUCUUGAUCUCUCAAUUUUCAGAUCCUAUGAAGAACUACACGAAAAACUUGCAAAUAUGUGUGGGAUAGAGAGAUCGAAGAUGUUAAGCUGUGUGACCUACCGCGAUGCAACAGGCAUUCUCAGACAGAUGGGGAAUGAACCAUUUCGGUACUUUUUCACUAAUUUUCUAACUCUAACUUUUAUUUUUAUUAUUGACAACAAUGUAUUGUUGUUCAUCAAAAGGUAUACUAGGAAUGAAUGACAGCAAUAUAGCAUCUAAACGUUUUGUUGUCUCCUACAUCAUGUAAAAUGCAGCGAGUUCACAAAGAAUGCAAAAAGGUUGGAGAUUUUGAUGAAUCCUGGGAGCACGGUUGGCAGGUAAAUUCCAAUAUACUACGUAAAUAAUAGUCCACUACUGAUAUUAUUUUAAUUGGAAUUUAUUGGUGCAAUAUGAGAAAUCUAAAUUCUAUUCCAAACUAUCAACUACACUGAUGUGAUUCCAUCAAAAAUAUAUCUUUCCCAACAGAAGUGCGGAUGUUAAUAGUGAAUGUCACAUUCUUGUGUAGUUGUGUACAAACCUUAAGGCUGCAUUUGGAACACGGGAAAUGGCAAGGGAAGAAAAAUAAACAGGAAAACAUUUUUUUCUGAGACUAAAAUGUCGCUCAUCUCUUACACAGGACUAUCCUUGACUUGUAACAUGUUUACCCCCCCCCCCCCCCCCCCCCACUUCACUCACUGGUAUUCAUCUUCCAAUUCUAAGUGGAUCCCAAGUUAUUAAUGCUUGCAACCCUUGAUAACUCAGGACAUGGCUUACUGGUCUUCCAACGGCUGACUGUGGACUAAAUUCAUCAAGCCGAGAGGGCGCUCUUGGCAUAUUUGUGUAGCUAUACACAAGUAUGUACCGACGGCCUUAAUUUUUGUGGUGUAAACAAUUCAGGAACUAGUGUAGUACUGUAGGGGUGUGUUUGCAAGGUUCUUCCCGGAGAUGGAUAAAGUGUAUGUACACUUUAUUAACUUGUGACCUCAGGUUCCAACCUAAUUUGUGUAGUAUAUGUAGUCUCUUGGAGAUUUAUUUGGAAGGCUAGGAACUACAAGGAUAGCUAUUACGGUUUGAGUUUUCAUCUUACACAUUAAUUAAUUUAUUAGAUUGAUUGGCAGUUUUGUGACCUUUUUUUUCAUCUUAGAAUCUGUUUUCAG